GUGGAGAAGCCGUCGCUCGUCAUGUUUCUGCUGUAGCGAAGCUCCGUGCUACAUUUUAUUUGCCCUCAGUUGUCGCUGCACUUUGUUUUGACAGCUGCUUGUUUUUUUCCUCUCCCCCUCCCUCAGAGCUUUUUUUUUUUACCGAAGAAUGAGUGAAAACGAUGACAUCGAAGUCGACAGCGAUGCAGACAAGCGAGCACAUCACAACGCGCUGGAGCGCAAACGCAGGGACCACAUCAAAGACAGCUUCCAUGGUUUACGAGACUCUGUGCCUGCUUUACAAGGAGAGAAGAGUUCUGUCAAACAGGCUUCCCGAGCACAGAUUCUAGACAAAGCUACCGAGUACAUCCAGUACAUGAGGCGAAAAAAUCACACCCACCAGAAAGACAUCGACGACCUUAAGAAGCAGAAUGCACUAUUGGAGCAGCAGGUUCGUGCACUCGAGAAGGCCAAGGGGAACACUCAGCUCCAGACAAACUACUCUUCUGACAGCAGCUUGUACACAAACCGCAAAGGGAGCGCGGUGUCCGCCUUUGACGGCGGGUCUGACUCCAGCUCCGAAUCAGAGCCAGACGAGCCGCCCAACAGAAAGAAGCUGCGCGUGGAUCCCAGCUAGACUCGGUCUGGUUCUCCAAACAGACUCUUUUUUGGCCCCACCAGCUCUUCCCAACCCCCCCGCCUCCCUGACUCCUCCUACCUACUCAGUUCUGCCAUCUUACGCCAAUCCAGGAGGUGAGGUGGAGGCAGUGUGAGAGAGGUGCUCUUAUGUACAAAUAAACGCUUCUACCUUCCCUUUUCCUCCUGGCAAGCAUCCCUGCCACUCCUUUGUGUGGCCCAGCAACAUCUCUAAGACCCCCCCACAGUGAGGCAGCUCUGCAGUUUUGAAGGACUUUACGCUUUUCAAACCUCAUGGUAACCUUUCAUAAUCAAAUGAGGAGAUGACGUGUAAUGAGGCUUUAGUAAAGCUACAUACAAUGAAAAGUUUCUUUUCUUUGUUGCAGUUGUGAGACUUUACUACCUUUGACAAAAACUUCAAUUAGGGAUAGUUGACCUUUAUAAUAUUCGUACUUUUCCAGGAAAGAAUGUGAAGUUGCGUUUUUGAAAAAUGUCUGUAAUGCAAAAUGCACCCCUCCUCAUUCGUUGUAGGUGGCUCAAGUUUUUGUCCUUGAAAAUGUUUGUGUAAUCAAAUGAACCCUUCUAUUUAUAGUGAUGCACCAGAAUUGGUUUCUAACCGUGAUGUCUGAUCUCCUUCUGUUUGGCCUAAGAUUCUCCAGAGGACACUGGAGGAUGAAGAAGUUGACCUGCUGUUUGAGUGGCUUUAACACGGGUCCAGCAGUUUAUUGUCCUCUAUUUUUAUGAUCACCAGAUUAAAUGUGGGUGUAAAAAAAAAAUGAAAUAAAAAAAUCCCCUAAUGGAUGCUGAAUGUUACGCAAUGCAGUUCACGGAUAGUGACCUUUUAUUUUUGUUAAUGGAAGUCCUUCUCAGUGUGUUGUAUAUAACACUGUAUACUCUUACAUGGUGUCAGCUCUGCAAAGAAAAGCCUUCCCUU